AUGGCCACACAGGAUAUGACUCCUGUGCCUUCAACGACUUCAGCAGCUCCGUCAGUCACGGACACCAUUCGACAUUAUCGAAGCAUGCUUGAUGUCGAAGACCCCCCGAAGUUGAAUCCUCUGAAUCCCAUGUCCUUUGAUGAGAUGUACACUACGCCCAGUCAACACCCGCCCAGGCCUGCGCCGGAGGAGCCGCUUUCCGAAUCGACGACGGAUAGUACUCCCAGGACUUCGGAGAAUAGCACUGACAACCAGGUCAAAGAUCUGAGUUCUUCCAACAGCUCCGAUUCACCCACGGGUUCUCCAGCCCCCCCCGGUCCCAUUGUUCCUUCUCAGCCUGCUGCUUCCUCUAUCCAGGACGUCCGAAACAUUGUUCGAAGAAAGCUCACCGGCUAUGUUGGCUUUGCCAACCUGCCAAACCAGUGGCACCGCAAGAGUGUUCGCAAGGGUUUCAACUUUAAUGUAAUGGUUGUUGCAUAUAUCUCAGGCGAAUCUGGUCUUGGCAAGUCUACUCUCGUCAAUACUCUUUUCAACACCUCUCUGUAUCCUCCAAGAGAGCGCAAAGGCCCUAGUCUGGACAUCAUCCCCAAGACUGUCCAGAUUCAGGCUAUCAGUGCCGACAUCGAGGAGGCUGGCGUCCGUCUUCGCUUGACUGUUGUCGACACCCCUGGAUUCGGUGACUUUGUCAACAAUGACGAGUCGUGGCGCCCUAUUGUUGACGAUAUCGAGCGUCGGUAUGAUGCUUACCUUGAUGCCGAGAACAAGGUCAACCGCAUGAACAUUGUUGACAACCGUAUCCAUGCUUGUGUUUUCUUCAUCCAGCCCACCGGCCACUCUUUGAAGCCUCUGGACAUUGAAGUUAUGAGACGUCUUCAUACCAAGGUUAAUUUGAUCCCCGUCAUCGCGAAGUCAGAUACUCUUACCGAUGAGGAGAUUGUAAGCUUCAAGGCUCGAAUUUUGUCCGAUAUCAAGCACCAUGGCAUUCAGAUCUUCGAGGGUCCCCGGUAUGAGCUGGACGAUGAGGAGACGAUUGCUGAGAACAACGAGAUCAUGUCCAAGGUCCCCUUUGCUGUUGUCGGUGCCACCAACGAGAUCAAGACAACUGAUGGUCGGGCCGUUCGUGGACGCCAAUAUCCAUGGGGUACCAUUGAAGUUGACAAUGAGGAACAUUGUGACUUCGUCAAGCUCCGCCAGAUGCUAAUCCGAACUCACAUGGAGGAACUCAAAGAAAACACCAACAACACACUGUACGAGAACUACCGUACCGACAAGCUCAUUGCCAUGGGUGUGUCGCAAGACCCCAGUGUGUUCAAGGAAGUGAACCCUGCCGUCAAGCAGGAAGAGGAGCGUGCUUUGCAUGAGCAGAAGCUUGCCAAGAUGGAGGCUGAGAUGAAGAUGGUCUUUCAACAAAAGGUAGCCGAAAAGGAGAGCAAGCUCAAGCAGUCCGAGGAGGAGCUCUACGCCCGUCACAGAGAGAUGAAGGAGCAGCUUGAACGCCAACGAGCUGAGCUUGAAGACAAGAAGCAACGCAUUGAAAGUGGACGACCGUUGGAGAAGGAGGGCAAGCGAAAGGGUUUCUCAUUGCGUUAA